AUGGUGAGCGCGGCCACCGGAGCGAUGAGCUCCGUCCUCGCAAAGCUGGCGGAGCUGCUCCAUGAGAAGUACAAGCUUGCCAACAGGGUCCGCAAGAAUAUCGAGUUCCUCAGGUCAGAGCUCAGGGCCAUGAAUGACCUUCUGUAUGUGAUGGCAGACAUCGAGGAGCUCAACGCCGUCAACAAGGGGUGGCGGGACAGGGUGCGGGAGCUGGCCUACGACAUCGAGGAUUGCAUCGAUCUCUCUGUGGCCCGGCUCCAUUGUGCCGGCGGCGAUGCCAGCAAAGGCGGGUUCUUCGGCCCCAAGCAGCUGGCACGGAAGCUCAAGAAAAUCAGUGUGUCUUUUCAGAUCGCUCACUAG